ACCAUUCCACCUCCUAGCUUGCUCAACCAUGAAGAUACAACAGCUUUUCAUGGUCCAUCUUCUCGCUCAUACCCUCCUUUUUCUCGCAUCCAGCUCCUCUCAACCCACCAACAAUCAAAGUAGCAACCACAGCGCCAAUCUCUCUGUGCUCCUAUCAUUCAAGUACCUCAUAACCAGUGACCCUACACGGGCACUGUCCUCUUGGUCUUGGGACCCUGUCAUCAACGGCACGAGAACAGCGCCAUUGCCUAAUUACUGUGAGUGGAUGGGCGUGGCCUGCAGCAACCGCCGGCACCCAGGCCAUGUCACUGCCAUACGUCUGCUUGCCUUGGGCCUUGUCGGCAGCAUCUCCCCGCAGCUCGGUAACCUGACCCACCUUCGCAUCCUCAGUCUUUCAGACAACAAAUUGAAAGGUGAGAUCCCAGGCAGCCUCAGUGGUUGUACAACACUUCAUACCUUGGAGUUGAGGGGGAACAACCUCUCUGGUUCCAUGCCUGCUUCUCUGGGUCUCCUAUCAAAGCUCAAAUUUCUCAAUGUUUCCGAUAACAAUCUGAUUGGUGAUAUUCCCAUGUCAUUCUCCAACCUCACAGCCCUCACGAAGCUUAGUAUGCGCAAAAACCAAUUCCAUGGCCAAAUCCCGAGUUGGCUCGGCAACCUGACAUCACUGACACUUGUAGGAUUAGCCCAUAACGGUUUCACUGGCCAUAUCUCUCCAGCUCUAGGUAAGAUGGCAAAUCUUUUUACGUUUGAUAUCAUGGAUAACAAACUGGAAGGCCCUUUUCCUCCAUCCAUGUUCAAUAUUUCCUCCAUCUUAUACUUCAGCAUCGGCUUCAACCAGUUUUCAGGAUCUUUGCCGCUUGAUAUUGGCCUUAAGCUUCCCAAGCUAAUGUUUUUGUUCACAUCUGCGAACCAAUUUACAGGACCAAUACCAGGCUCCCUGUCAAAUGCAUCGACACUUGAAGUUUUGGUUCUUGGCGGAAAUCAGUAUAAUGGUCUGAUUCCACGGGACAUUGGCAUCCAUGGUCAUAUCCGGGGAUUUUCGUUAGGGCACAAUUUCCUUCAAACCACAGAGCCUAGGGAUUGGGAUUUCCUCACAUCCUUAACCAACUGUAGCAACCUGGAAGUACUAGACCUUGAACAAAACAACCUUGAAGGGGUUGUGCCAGUUUCUAUUGCCAACCUAUCUACAGAGCUCAAUUCGAUUGCACUUGGUAGAAACAAAAUAACUGGGUCCAUACCUGUAGGGUUAGGGAAGUUUAAAAAACUUACAAGGUUCAGCGUUGCAGAUAGCCUUUUCACAGGCACCUUGCCUCUGGAUAUUGGCCAGAUUCCUAGCCUCCAGUAUCUCGACCUAUCCCAUAAUAGAUUCUAUGGGCAGAUUCCACAAUCUUUAGGCAAUAUCACACGGUUGAGCAACCUCUCUCUAUCUAAUAACUUUCUAGAUGGCAACAUUCCAGCAAGCCUUGGCACUCUCACAAAACUUAUAUCUCUGGAUCUUUCCGCUAACUCCUUGAGGGGGGAAAUCCCACAGGAGAUACUCAUGAUUCCCUCUCUUACUGUACUUCUCAACCUCUCCAACAAUGCUCUAAGUGGCUCCAUUCCAACACAGAUAGGAAAGUUGAACAGCCUUAGCGCAAUCGACCUAUCAAUGAACAAGCUCUCUGGUGAAAUCCCAGACACUCUCAGCAGUUGCGUCCAACUGAAUUUUCUAAAUUUUCAAGGAAAUCUUUUGCAUGGGCAAGUACCGAAAGGUUUUUCUUCCUUGAGAGGCCUCGAAAAGUUGGAUCUUUCUGAUAAUAACUUAGCAGGACCCAUUCCUGAGUUCCUCCAGAGUUUUGAGCUCCUAAUAUAUCUAAACCUCUCUUUCAACAACCUAUCUGGUCACGUGUCAAAUGCAGGGAUCUUUCACAAUGCUACUGUAUUGUUGCUCCCUGGCAAUAGCAUGCUAUGCGGAGGUCCCCCAUCCUUGCAACUCCCUUCAUGCCCAUAUAUAGGUUCUAACCAGGCUGGGCAGCAUCGGCGUCGGCUCAUACUCUUUUGCAUGGUUGGAACUUUGAUCUUCUUCAUGUGCUCUCUAACUGGAUGCUACUUAAUGAAGACAAGAAUCAAACCGAACAAUGUUCUUGAUCAAGGAGUUGGAUUUCACCAGGAGAUGCAUGAGAGGAUAUCCUAUGCUGAGAUAGAUGCAGCAACAGAGUCAUUCUCACCGACAAAUUUGAUUGGUUCUGGAAGUUUCGGCAAUGUGUACAUUGGAACUCUAAAUCUCGAUGAGAGUUUAUGUACUGUAGCAAUCAAGGUUCUCAAUCUUGGCAAACGAGGAGCUAAUAGAAGCUUCUUGAGAGAGUGUGAGGCCCUAAGGAAGAUUCGACACCGUAAACUUGUCAAAGUGAUCACUGUGUGUAGCAGUUUGGACCGUAAUGGUGAUGAGUUCAAGGCACUUGUCUUAGAGUUUAUCUGCAACGGAAAUUUAGAUGAGUGGGUGCAUCCAAGCUCCAUGAGUACCAGCCGGAACUUUAGAAGGCUAAGUUUGAUGGAAAGGCUGUGCAUUGCUCUUGAUGUUGCAGAGGCAUUAGAAUAUCUUCACCAUCAAAUUGAGCCAUCCAUAGUUCACUGUGAUAUCAAACCAUGCAACAUCCUUCUGGAUGAUGACUUUGUUGCACACGUCACCGACUUUGGUCUAGCAAAGAUAAUGCAUACCGAUGAAUGCAUGCACAGUGGUGGUGGAACUGAAAGCAGCUCACUUGUAAUUAAAGGCACAAUUGGAUACGUCGCACCAGAGUAUGGCUCGGGAUCUGAACCCUCCACAGAAGGUGACGUAUUUAGCUACGGGGUGUUGCUAUUAGAAAUAUUUACUGGAAGGAGGCCAACCGACAACUUCAUGGAUGGUGUGAUAACCCUUGUCAAAUAUGUCAGGGUGGCCUAUCCUGAUAAGCUACUGAACAUAUUGGAUGCUAGUGCAACCCACAGCGGAGACACGCAGCGUAUCGUAGAUAUGUUCUUGUAUCCUAUUUUUAAGCUUGGCCUCGCUUGCUGCGAGGAUUCCCCAAGGCACAGAAUGAAGAUAAACGACGUAGUCAAGGAAUUGAACGCCAUAAAGAGAGCAUGUGAGGCUCAUAUGGCUGUCCAUGAAUUUUGAGCAACCGCUUAAUCCAGGCGAGCAAUGAAGCGUUACGAUCAUCUUUACGGCCCUGCGGUUGCCAGUUGUUAUCCUGUGGCCUGUUUGUGGCUUUGGGGUGAUUCUGAAGUCAGCAUUUCCAUUUCUCAUACAUUAUUAUAUGUUUGUCCAGUAUACAUGUAUUUGUUUCUAUAAUAUGGAGUAUCCAUUCUCCCUCAAGUUGUAUUGUCUUUACUUUUAAGCCUGAAAGAAGCGCUACUCUGAUUCGGAGCGCUAAAAUUCAAAGUGCUACUCUAUGUCGCAAUCUAGUUGCUUCUCAGAUUCUUGUCAUCAAAAUUCAGC